AUUUAGUGGUGUUUUAGGGGUUUGGAGUGAGAAAGAUGGCUCUAAUGGCGCUGACACCGCGAAGCGAAGCAGACGGUGAUGCUUCGUCGGGCAAUUAUUCGUCGUCUCUGCAAUUUGGCACGGCGGAGGCGCUGGAACAUGUUCGCAAACUCACCGAUGUUGGUGCCAUGACCCGUUUUCUGCAUGAAUGCAUAGCCUACCAGCGAGCCCUAGAUCUGGAGCUCGAAAGCUUACUUUCCCAGCGCUCCGACUUAGAUCGCCAACUUUCCAACCUCCACAAAUCCGCCGAUGUUUUGCAGAUCGUCAAGGGCGACUCGUCCUACAUGCUCUCCAACAUCUCCUCCACCUCCUCCCUCGCCGAUCAGGUCUCCGCCAAGGUCCGCCACCUCGAUCUCGCCCAAUCGCGCGUUCAGGACACCCUCCUCCGCAUUGACGCCAUUGUCGAUCGUUCCAACUGCCUCGACGGCGUUCACAAAUCUCUCCUCGCCGAGGAUUUUGAAUCCGGCGCAUCCUACAUUCAGACCUUCCUCCAGAUUGAUUUCAAAUUCAAGGACUCCUCCGCUGCUGAUCAGCGCCAGCAACUCCUUUCCUACAAGAAGCAGUUGGAAGGCAUAGUCAAGAAAAGGCUCUCGGAAGCGGUGGAUCAUCGCGACCAUCCCACCAUCCUCCGCUUCAUCAAGCUCUUCAAGCCUCUUGGCCUUGAAGAGGAAGGCUUGCAGAUCUAUGUAAGUUACCUCAAGAAGGUCAUUUCCUCCAGGUCCAAGGAGGAAUUCGAGCAGUUACUAGAACAGAUUGAACAAUCUAAUAACAACAGUCAGGUGAGUUUCGUCCCCUGUUUGACAAAUUUAUUUAAAGACAUUGUCUUAGCUAUUGAGGAAAAUGAUGAGAUUUUGAGGAAUUUAUGUGGUGAGGAUGGCAUUGUUUAUGCCAUUUGCGAACUUCAAGAAGAAUGUGAUUCACGGGGUUCUAAUAUCUUGAAAAAAUUCAUGGAGUACCGGAAACUGGCAAAAUUGACCUCUGAGAUUAAUUCAUACAAGAGCAACUUGCUCUCUGUUCGGGCGGAGGGCCCUGACCCCAGAGAAAUUGAGCUUUACCUAGAAGAGAUACUCUCCUUGACACAGUUGGGAGAGGAUUACACCGAGUAUAUGGUUUCCAAAAUAAGGAGCUUGACCUCUGUGGAUCCGGAGCUAGGGCCCCAAGCCACCAAGGCUUUUAGGAGUGGGAAUUUCAGCAAAGUUUCUCAGGACACUACUGGUUAUUACGUCAUUUUGGAGGGGUUCUUUAUGGUGGAGAAUGUGAGGAAAGCCAUCCAGAUAGAUGAGCACGUGCCUGACAGUCUCACCACAUCCAUGGUGGACGAUGUGUUUUAUGUGCUGCAGAGUUGCUGCCGUAGGGCAAUUUCCACCUCCAAUAUUAGCUCAGUUAUUGCAGUGCUCAGUAGUGCUGUGAGUUUAUUGGGGGGUGAAUAUAGUGAAGCUUUGCAGCAGAAGAUGAGGGAGCCUAAUCUCGGAGCAAAGCUGUUUUUGGGUGGCGUUGGAGUGCAGAAGACUGGAACAGAGAUUGCCACAACCUUGAACAACUUGGAUGUCAGUAGUGAGUAUGCCUUGAAACUUCGCCAUGAGAUUGAAGAGCAAUGUCUAGAGGCAUUCCCCGCACCAGCUGAUAGAGAGAGAGUAAAAUCUUGCUUAUCUGAAUUGAUUGAAAUGAGCAAUAGUUUUAAGAAAGCUUUGAAUGUUGGAAUGGAGCAGCUUGUGGCCACUGUGACCCCUCGAAUUCGGCCAGUUUUAGAUAGUGUGGCAACCAUCGGCUAUGAGCUUUCUGAAGCAGAAUAUGCAGACAAUGAAGUAAAUGAUCCAUGGGUGCAAAGGCUCCUUCAUGCUGUUGAGAUCAAUGUUGCAUGGCUUCAGCCAUUGAUGACAGCCACAAAUUAUGACACAUUUGUACAUCUUGUAAUUGACUUCAUUGUGAAAAGGCUUGAAGUGAUCAUGAUGCAAAAACGAUUCAGUCAACUUGGUGGUCUUCAACUUGAUAGAGAUGCCAGGACACUGGUAAGUCAUUUUUCCAGUAUGACCCAGAGAACUGUUAGAGACAAGUUUUCCCGGUUGACUCAGAUGGCUACUAUUCUAAACUUGGAGAAAGUCUCUGAGAUUUUGGAUUUCUGGGGAGAAAACUCAGGGCCCAUGACUUGGAGACUCACUCCUGCUGAGGUCAGAAGAGUAUUGGGUCUCAGAGUGGAUUUUAAACCUGAAGCUAUAGCUGCUCUUAAGUUGUAGCCUCCUACUUUUUGUUUAUCGUUUCCCAUUCAUCUUUUCAUUUACUGCCGCAGCAUUUCUUCUACUUCCCUUCUUGUUCUUCCAACAAGAAUUCAAAUUGCAGUGGAUGUGUAUCGAUCUUUGAAAUUAUUUGGUCUUUUCAUCUGAAAAUAUGUAAUAAUAUAACGAAAUUUUUUCUAGCAAA